AUGAGUCAAACAGUCGCCCAAACCGUUACCGAACACAACGUUUUCCUUGGAUUCUGGAAUAAUCGAUCGUACAGUCCCAUCAAAGGGGCAACUCUCACGCUCACUAGAAGCAAUGGUGCUCUCCUAACGGCUGCUCUUGCUGUCUUCGUCACCUACGUCGGAGCGAGAAUCUGGAGCAUUAUUUGCUUUGGCUUGCACCGCUGGUGUUCUUCUCGUACAUCGCAAGACGCGCUAUAUCAUCAACGACAGGCCAUGCUACGCAACUCUGAAUCCGCCACAAGCAUAACAAUUGAUACAUUCUGGAUGAUCUGGACCUGGCGAAGCAAAAUGAAGCUCUUUAACACCCUCAAAAGACUCAUGCCACUCUUGCUUCUAGCACUCUCGCUAGCACUAGCAUUUGGCACAGCUGGAGUAUUCUCCUCCCGCAUCUCCAGUUCCAUGGGCGACGAAGUCAUUCUGUCUAGCUCUAGUUGUGGUUAUCUCUGGUGGGAUAGUGGUUUCGACACAGCGGAUGUGGAUGAUCUCAUCAAUUACUCCAAUCGCCUGACGGUGGAAGCGGCUGAUUACUCCAGAAAUUGCUAUCGCUCGGAUGCUGUGGCCACGGACUGUCCAACAUACACCCGCAAGAGCCUUCCAAUGAGUGUUGUCGAUAACGCGACGUGUCCCUUCGACCCUAAAGUCUGCUUACUGGAUGGAGACAAUCUAGUCAUUGACACAGGGCGCAUCAACAGCCACUCAGAUCUAGGGAUCAAUGCAGAGCCAAGGGAUCGCUUUGAUUACAGGCGCGUUACUUCAUGCGCGCCGCUGCGCACCGAAGGAUACUCGGAAAGUGUGAACAAAACCAUCGAAGGGUACCAAGUAUCAUUCACCAAUUAUCUGUACGGGAAGAAUCUUCAUAACGAUGCCAACUACACCUACGACUAUUCUACGUUUCGGACUUCGCUUGACGCAAAGAACGCAGCUGAUUACACCUUGAUGCCUAUUAGAUUCUACGCGCAGAAUUGGGGCGACUUUGAUCCUAUUCCAGAGCUUAAUCAGACAAACGAUGAAGCAGAUUUAACGCUGCUAGCACUUUCCACCAAUGACGUUAUCUUUGAGCAGCCUGUCACGGAUCCCUGGUACUCUGCUAUCACCAAAGUUGAAAGUCAGGGAUCUGAGCAGGCACUAAGAUACUUUUCGGAUCACCCUGCAUCGUUUGUUGGCUGCAAGGUUCAGCAUCAGUGGUGCGAACCUAACGAGAACAGGUGCACACAAUUAGCAGCUUUCAACAAGGUGGCUUUGGAGGCCCAGACACUCUCUUACAGCCCAGUCCAGAAUGCGUCUGUCUAUGCCAUGACAUGGGCUUUGAAUAUGGCGCCUAGUAUCGAAACGAUUGUUGAUCGUUUGGGCGUAAGUGCUCUGACUUCUAGGUACACUUUGAAUCACGGUAUCCAAGGGCCAUUGCCAACAAACCAAUGGCAAACUGAGAUUCAACACCUCCAUUCUACAUCAUUGGCAGCGCUGCAGCGCAUGACAGUUGAGCAAGCGUCGGGCCCUAACGAUAGGAGUGUGAAGCGCUUCUUUAUUCCUCCUGAUAACGACAUGGAACGUAAAGCUAGAUGUCAGCAGAAAGUGCGUUCCAAGGGUUACACUUCCUUCUCAGUUCUAGGCCUCGGGCUCGUUGUUGGUCUCGGCACCGUGGUGGCUAUCAUUUCCUAUAGUAUCGAGACACUAGCGGAAUGUAUCCAGAAUUGGCGCAAACUCGACCCCUACCAUCAGCUCGAGUGGACGCUGAACGGCACUCUACAACUGCAACGACUUGCUCACGAGGAGCUGGGCUAUGGCACGUGGGAAAAUGGCGAUGCGUUUGUGCCUAUUACUGGAGGAGAUGAACGACUUGCAAUGGUUGACUGUGUGAAUGUCAAACAUCCUUGUUUACAACUUCUGCAGACGGUGGAGUGUUACGAAGAUCCGAAGACUGCCGAAGAGACGAAGCAUAGCAACAACGCUGAGAAUGCCAAUAGUGACGAGCAAAACAACAAUACUGAGCUUAGCGAUAUCGCUGAAGCACAGUGA